AGUGUCAAAAUGGGGAAUUUCAGCUAUUGCUUUCUGAGCUUGUAAAAGAGUUUACUAGGAACUGAGAAAAAUCACUCUCCUUGAUAUAACACACCUUGAAGACGAAACAAAUAUCUUUUUUUCUUUCAAACACUCACCAUGAGAGCGAUCACGCUAUAUCUUAACAGUGUCAACCAGCAAAUAUACACCGAAAACGGUCACCGACUCUCACAGCUCUUAUCUUUAUCGCAUUUACAUGUCCAAAGCUUAUUCGACCUAAACAUUGAUAUUGAAACGAUUGAAAAUGCGUGCAGUAGUUGCAUGCAGCCUUGGGACGAUAUAAUUGCACUGCAUUUGAGAGCUGCGCUUUUACAUUCCAAGAAUCAGCACGCUUUAGCAUUUCACACUCAAAAAGAACUCGUACAGAUGUUUCAACGAGCAAUGGCCAAUUUCACGCAGUGGUGCUUGCCAGUAUUAUAUGUUGUUAAUAACGAUCUACGUGCACUGGCUCGAGAGGCCGACCGACAUGCUAAAGUAUUAAUGACAGACGAUGAAGAAGCAGGGGAAUCGACGCAACGCAAAAAGCUAGAAGAAGCAGCCAACGUGAUGAGCAAAUCAUUUACACUCUGUAUAACGGAUAGAAACGCCCUACAAGUAUCAAAGAAAGUCGGCACCUACCGUAUGGUUGGCUUAAUGUUCCGUACCUAUUUCCAGUUGAAGCAACAAAACCUAUGCAAGAACAUCCUAAGAGCAGUACGAGCAGCGGAUUUGCCUGAAAUCGACUAUUUUCCAAAGUGCGACCGUGUUACUUUUCGCUACUAUCUGGGUCGACUCUAUUUCUUACAGGAAGAAUACAGCAAAGCUGAAAAUGAGCUUGAUCUGGCUUUCAGAGAGUGCUCCAACACAAGUGUCAAAAACAAAGAGUUGAUUUUACAGACCUUACUACCUAUCCGACUCAUGCGUGGUGUAAUGCCUAGCAAGAAAUUACUCAAGCGGUUCCCGAAAAUCAAAAAGACCUACGGCCAUAUUGUCGAAGCGAUCAAGUCCGGUAACAUUGACGUGUUUAAGCACCAAUUACAGUUAGCAGAACAAGUGUUGUUUCGUCAAGGAACGUAUUUGGCCGUAGAGAAGGCACAAAAUAUUGCCAUGAGACAAUUGUUUCGUAAAGUUUACGUUCAUUUAGAUAAUAAUCCUCGUAUACCCAUAUCUACAUUCCAAGCUGCACUGAAAAUAUCUGGAAUUGAAGUGGAUAUAGAAGAAACCGAGUGGAUGUUGGCCAACAUGAUCUUCAAGGGUUACAUGAAAGCAUAUCUUUCCCACGAAAAGAUGUUUGCUGUGCUUAGUAAAGCAAAUCCGUUUCCUCAAGUAUCAAGCAUUCCUUUACAAACGUUAAUUCAGUAAUAAAACAAGAGUGUCUCUAGUAUUACCACAUCAUGUCAAAUGUUUGAAAUAGAAGAGCUUAGU